CUUUCUCUUCCUUGUCUCAGGAACUCCAACAUGACCGGGAAGAUCUUCACAAACACCCGAGAGCGAUGGAGGCAGCAGAACGUCAACAGUGCCUUCGCUAGGCUGAGGAAGCUCAUCCCCACUCACCCUCCCGACAAGAAGCUGAGCAAAAAUGAAACGCUUCGCCUGGCAAUGAGGUACAUCAACUUCCUGGUGAAGGUCUUGGGGGAGCAAAGCCUACAGCAAACUGGAGUGGCUGCCCCCGGAAACAUUCUGGGCCUCUUUCCUCAAGGACCCCACCUGCCAGACAGGACUCUCCUUGGUGACUAACAGGUUCCAUCGCCUGGCCCAAGGCACCACCUUCCAUAGUGGGACUCUGGCUGUCAUUACCCUGGGCACUGGUUCAGAAGUCACUAGCUGUCAACAGCCUUUUGCAUAUUCCCCAGUUAACUUGAUGAAUAAUUUGUGAGGCACGAAUUUAUGUUUCAUAGGAGGUGGCUUAGGGUCAGCUGCAGGGAUGCUGAAAAGGGGCCACGAGGGAUGUGGCUUGGGAGUCCACCAUCUCCUGGUGGUUCAGGCAGAGCAGCCUGUCUUUGUCUAUUUUAUAAUUCCAAGUUCUGUAUAAGAUGCUGUUUGAAAAAAAAAAAAAACUGCUAUAGGUUAAAAACUUGUUUGAAAAAUCACUGUUUCACUCAAUAUGUUUUCAUUUAUAAGAAGGGGCUUAUAUCAUAAUGGAUCUUGGAUGAAUUGAAAAUGCUUCCCUCCAAACAUAUUUUAAAGUUUAUUUUGAAAAAUGGGGGAUAUUUGAUCAAGGGUGAACAACACAGGCAAACAAAAAGAUAGCCCCUGCAGAUACCAACCUGGAGACUCGUGGGAAAAUCUGUGGAGGAAAAACCCUUCUGACACGUAAGGAUCACAGGAAGGCAGCAGAUACAUGCAGAAGUGCCCUGCAUCCUUAUCUCUGUGGAAAUGUGAGGUCUCACUUGCAUCAGGCUGUUUAUAUAUAUGUUAUAUCGAAAGCAAAUGCUGGAUUAUAUUUGUAAUAGGCAAAGACGUGAUAAUUUACGACUGUUUACAGUUUUCUUAUGAAAACAGCUAAAAUAGGUUUUCUAACACCUUAGUUUCACAUGUUAGAUAUUAGAUACUAAAGUUUUUAAUUCAGCCUGAGUUUGUGCUGAUUUAA